UCGACUGCUGUCCAGGACGGAUCACUGGAGCCGAGAUUCGCAUCGGAAACUCCCUGGACAACAACGGCAACGACAAUCCCAUAUGUGCAAAAAUCUCUGAGAUUCCAGCUGGUCAAUCCGUCACUUACUCGUGCGGUCCAAUGGAAGGCCGUUAUGUGAACGUGGUCCUUCCUGGAGAUUCGAAGAAUCUCACUCUGUGUGAAGUGAGAGUCUAUGGAACAGAUAAUGUGCACUUAACUGGGAAUGCUGUUCAGUCAUCUGUAUAUCUGAACUGGAAUGCUCACAGUGCGAUCGAUGGAAUAAAACUUGCCCCAGGCGAAGCCUCAUUUUGUAGCCAUACAGAUGAGGAGACUAAUCCAUGGUGGAGGGUGGACCUGCUGGAUAAUUACUACAUUACUCAAGUGAUCAUCAUCAACAGAAUAGAUGGCAAUCCUGAACGAAUCAACGGAGCGGAGAUUCGCAUCGGAAACUCCCUGGAAAACAACGGCAACAACAAUCCCAGAUGUGUUGUAGUUCCGAGUAUUUCAGCUGGAGCUUCUUUCACCUUUCCUCAAAUAGAGGGACGUUACGUGAACGUGAUUCUUCCUGGAGCUUCAAAAGUUCUUACGCUGUGUGAGGUGGAAGUCUAUGGGGCUUUGCCAGUGAGAAUAAACUCUGUGAGGAUGAAAUUUGUCUCGACUUCUGACCCAGACAACGAUAAACUCCUCUAUCAGCUUCAGUCUAAUCUGACGUCACGAGGAAUCACGGAUGUCAAGCUGUCCUGGACAAAACCUCCCCAGCGAGAACAGAAACGGGAUGAAGAGAAAGGUGCUAACUGCUAA